AAUUGGGUGGGUGGAGGGGUCGGGUCUUCCAGAGCCAAUGCGCCUCCCCCGCAAAGUCCUCUCCUGCCUUGCAAGAAAGCGGCUUCUUUUUUCCUCCCAGCGCUGCAUCGGGGCCCCUUCUGGGGGGAUCUGGACUUGGCAGCACCUUCAGUCAGAGCAGCCUUUGGCCAAAAAGGGAGGCGUUCCUUGGGCCCUAUUGGUGGCAUUUUUGGAUCACAGAUGGAGGAGCAAAGCUUGACUGGCCCAAUUUCAGGAAGAGGCCCAGAUGGCAUUCAGGCUGCAAAGGGCGGACGAUUCUGGGAAAGGAUGGUGCCCAAGAUUCCGGGUAAGAAGGACACCCUCAGUUCAGAUGUCCAGCGCCAGCAUUUCAGGCAGUUCCACUACCAGGGGGCUAGGGCCCCCCGAGAGGUUUGCAGCCAACUCCACCACCUUUGUAGUCAGUGGCUGAAGCCAGAGCGGCACACAAAGGCUCAGAUCCUGGACCUGGUGAUCCUGGAGCAGUUCCUGGCUGUUCUUCCCCUGGAGAUGGAGAGCUGGGUGAGGGAAUGUGGAGCAGAGAGCAGUUUCCAGGCAGUGGCCCUGGCCGAAGGUUUCCUCCUGAGCCAGGCAGAGGAGAAGAAGCAGGCAGAGCGGCAGGGUCUGUUUGCAGAAGUGGCCACUGAUUUCCGUGAGGCAGAGAAGUUUCCGUCGGAUGCCGGGAAGAGUCCCCUGCAAAGCUGGAACACGCAGGAGAGUGCUGGAGGUGCCCCCUCCCUGGGUGAUGGAAUGAUGCUGGCAAGACCUCCUCAGCCGUCUCUUCUGUACAGCAAAGGGAAAGCAGCAGCUGUGGCACCGGAUCAGGGUCCAGUGUCUGUUGAGGAGGUUGCUGUUUAUUUCAUGGAGGAGGAGUGGGCUCUGCUGGAUCCUGACCAGAGAGCUCUGCAUGGAGAAGUUAUGGGGGAGAUUUGUGAGAUCAUCACCUCUCUUGGUCAUGAAUGGGAAGAUGAGAGUCAGAGAGAAGUACAUGGAAUGUUCCAACAAGGAGACACAUGCAUAGAGAGGAAGCAGAAGAGAAGGAAGACUGAAGAAGACAAAGAUGAAGAAGAGGAGAAGGAGGGGGUGAAGAAGAACAGGAGGCAUAAAUUCCCUGUUUCUCAGGGCAGUAACUGCCAUAAAAUCCCAGUCCAAGAAAGACUACAAGAAAAAAAAGGAACAAAUACAUGCUGUGUGUGUAAGAGAUGUUUCCAUUCUAAAUCAAAAUUUGAAGCUCAUUACAAAAUGCACACAAAGGAGAAACCAUAUAAAUGCUUGGAGUGUGGAAAGAGCUUCACAUAUUACAGCAGUUUCACUUAUCACGAAAGAAUUCACACAGGUGAAAAACCAUAUAAAUGCUUGGAAUGUGAAAAAAGUUUUCGUCUCAGUUCUGACCUUAUCGUCCAUAAAAGAAUCCAUACAAGGGAGAAACCGUAUAAAUGCUUGGAGUGUGGAAAGAGCUUCAGUGAGAAGAGAAAUCAUGCUUUCCACCAAAGGCUUCACACGGGGGAGAAACCAUAUCAGUGUUUGGAGUGUGGGAAGAGCUUCACACAUUACAGCAGUUUCACUUAUCAUGAAAGAAUUCACACGGGUGAGAAACCAUAUAAAUGCUUGGAAUGUGAAAAAAGCUUUCGUCACAGUUCUGACCUUAUUGUCCAUAAAAGGAUCCAUACAAGGGAGAAACCGUAUAAAUGCUUGGAGUGUGGAAAGAGCUUCACGCAACGCGCAAGUCUUGCUUCUCAUCAAAGAAUUCAUACAGGGGAGAAACCAUAUCAGUGUUUGGAGUGUGGAAAGAGCUUCACACAUUACAGCAGUUUCACUUAUCAUGAAAGAAUUCACACAGGUGAGAAACCAUUUAAAUGCUUGGAAUGUGAAAAAAGCUUUCGUGACAAUUCUGAUCUUAUUGCCCAUAAAAGGAUCCAUACAAGGGAGAAACCGUAUAAAUGCUUGGAGUGUGGAAAAAGCUUCACACAACGCACAAGUCUUGCUUCUCAUAAAAAAAUUCACACAGGAGAGAAACCAUAUCAAUGCUUUGAGUGUGGAAAGAGUUUCACACAGAGAUCUAAUCUCACUAGACAUCAAGGAAGCCACACAGGUGCGAAAUCAUAUCAAUGUUUGGAGUGUUGAAAGAGCUUCAGAAAGCAGACACAUCUUGCUUCUCAUCAAAUAAUUCACACAGGAGAGAAACCAUAUCAAUGCUUGGAGUGUAGAAAUAACUUUUCUAGAACCUUCUUCUAGAACCACAGACCUCCUUCAUCAUCAAAGAAUUAACACGGGAGAAUCCAUAUCAAUGUCUGGAAUGUGGAAAGAGUUUUCAUUACUAUUCUGACCUUAUUACCAAUAAAAGGUUCCAUACAAGGGAGAAAUUAUAUAAAUGCAUGGAGUGUGGAAAGAGCUUCAAACAUAGAAGAAAUCUCGCUUCACAUCAAAGAAUUCACACAGGUGAGAAACCAUAUAUAUGCUUGGAAUGUGGAAGGUGCAUCUGUCAGAAGAGAAAUCUCGCUACUUAUCAAAGGAUUCAUACUUGACAUAAAUCAUAUAAAUGGAAUAAGAGAAAAUCUUCCGUUUCAGUGAAAUACUUAAUUUCACAUAAAAAGAAUUUACACAUGGGAAAA